AUGGAAUUAAUGGAUGCCCUUUCUUUAGAUUUAUAUGGACAAUUACACCCUCUAGUACUUGGUGCUUGUACAGUAGCUAUUGUAGAAGGACUUAAACACCUUUGGGAUAAUUCUAUUAUACAUAGAGAUAUAAAGCCAAGCAAUUUUCUAGUAAAUUCUUUUGGUGAAGUUAAAUUAGCAGAUUUUGGUGUUUCUAAACAAAUGGCACAAUCAAUUGCUUGGUCCUAUGUAGGCACCAAGGUUUAUAUGGCCCCGGAGAGAAUAAAUGGAAAUGUUUACAACGUAGCUAGCGAUAUUUGGAGUUUGGGUAUUUCAUUGGCAGAAAUGGCUUUGGGCCAAUUCCCAUUCAUAAAUGAUUUAAACAAAAAUAUAAAGUCAACAGAAUCUCUAAUUAUUAAACCUGAACAUAUUUUUGCUUUACUUUCUGAAAAACAAUUAAUAGCUAUUGGAAAUGGAUUUACUGAGGAAUUACUUUAUGGAUGUUUAAAGUUAAACCCCAAUCAAAGAUUUAAUGGAAAUGCAAUUAUUUCAACUAAAUUUUUAUUAGCACAUCAACCAAUGAAUAAAAACAUUGUUGCGGAUUUUAUUAACGAAAGGCGUAAAAAUGGUUUACUUCAAAAACAAAAUACAGAAAGCUAA